AUGGUGACUGAGCCGUUUGGACCGAGUCUUGAAGAUCUCUUCAGGUUUUGUUCAAGGAAAUUUAGUCUUGAGACAAUAAUUGCCUUUCACAUAUCAUACUUCACUUGCAGAAAUGGGCUGUCAGACAUGGAGCUGAAGGACAUUUUAUCCCUUGAUGAUGAAGUUCUCUCGAAGAUUCACCGCUGUCGCCUUCCUUCAAGUAAAACUGUCCUGUGCCUUCCUCCUCUCCACUGGUCACAGCUCCGCAGUGUCAUGAGAGAGUGCCUGGCAGAACAGAAGGCAGAUGGCCUCACCCUUCUUUGCUCUGCACACGGGUCAGGAAAAAAACCAGCUCAAGAUAGGUUCCAGUGUAUCUUUUCCCUUCCCAAGCAGUCUGUUGAAAUGAUGCAGAAUCAUUAUCUAUCAAAACAAGAUCAAAUCAAGAGGCAUUUUCUCCUAGCAGAUUUAUUCAAGGGGACUUGGAGCUGUGCAAUGAAGAAACCUCUUAUGUCACCACACUUUAGCAGGACCUUGAACGCUGACAGGAAGGUGAGGAAUAUCAGCAGGCAUUUCCAUACCUGUAAGCUCUGGACCAGGGCUCUGUGUCUCCACACUGCUUGUCGGGGACUGAAACCAGAAGACAAUGGAAAUAAUAGUGGAGCCCCUCAGCCACUCUGGUUCUCUGAUACUGUUGCAAAUCACAAGUUCAGUGAAUUGCUAUUUCAUUUACUGAAUGCUGGAUGAACUGAGGAGCUAAAUCGGGAUGUGCUGGGGAAUAUGAACUGGAACUGUAAAAUGAUUGCCUCUGGAAUAGAGAGUGGUGUUGAUUUUACCAUGUCUUUUGUCUCUGCCAUCUUAGGAGCAAGAGUAAUAUACACAGAAUUGUUGGCCAGGCUUCUUUUUUUCAUGCCUUCUUACACAGAGGUAAUCGGGGACCUGUGUCAGCAGUGUCUAAGCUGGUGCAGCGUCUGUCCCUAUCCUGUUCUCAUGCCACUACGUGGCUUUCUCCAGCCACCCAGUAGGCCCCUACACAUGAUGCUCACCAGAUUCCUCAAAGGUAGGGAUUAUUUUGCCUGUAAGCUUUACACAAAGGCAGGAGAAAGGUCCAUUUGCCUUUGUGUUCAGUCAUGCACCAAAUAUGGGGUUCAGACACUUAUAGAGGGGUUCCACCUGGGGAAACACAGCAUAUUAACAAUCUCCAAAUGGUUCCUUUUUGUCUGUGGUAUCAAGAAUAGCCUCUCUUCUCUGUGUAUCACGGCAGGUGUCACAGUGAUGGCACUUAGUUCUGAUUACCAGCUGCUUGUGGCAGGUUCCCAGGAUAGCUCAAUGCUCAUCUGGAAUAUGGACAUUUUUGAGAUGCUGCACACCCUUCCUGGACAUUCCGCUGAGGUGAGGUGUGUGAAAGUGUUUGGAAAAGGAACUGAUCACCGUCUGCACAUCUGGAAUCUGAUUUCUGGCAGAGCAAGGUUUAUUAUCCAGAAUAAUAAACGCGUACUGAAGAACAGCCCUCACGACCUUCACGUGAAUGAGGGGCACAUGAUUGUAUAUUCUUCCUCAAAUACAAAGGUCAGUGCUUGGCACCUGGAGACAGCAGAACCCAUCUUCCAGAUUUCUGGAGAGGCACCAGAUGCAUGGAUGUGUUUUGCAGUAUUCAGCCCAAGGCUGGUUAUGAUGACUGUGUCUGAAGGAGGAAUGCUGAGUCUGUGGAACAGCAACACUGGCAACCUGAGAUCCAAAUAUCAGCUCGCAGGGCUACAGGAAAAAACACCAAUGUGCAGCGUCCUGAUCCAGAAGCAAGGGAAGAUGAUAGUGGGAUUUACUGGGGGUCUCUAUCCAUGGCACAUGUCUAUCUGUUCGACUUGCUUAAUCCCUUCUGAUGGAAACAGUCUGCUAGAGAAGCUUCCUGGAAGGGUUUGCUUUGUGAUAACAUCAGAAGGUAAGUCCAUUAUUGCUGCAGGCUUUGAGAAGUAUGUGCAAGUGUACCUGGCAGACCCAAAGGGAUUCCACAGGUUCCUGGCACCAAAUCUGGAACAUGAAGGAGCACUUCAUAUGGCUGUUAUCUCUGCUGGCAACAGCGUUAUUGUUACUGGUUCUCAGGCUCCAUCUAUCCAGGGAGGGAAGGAGGAAGGCUGGGCAACUUGCCAAUCAGAAAGAUCUCUUUCAAAUCCAGCUUACAGAAUGUCAGGAGCCAGAUGGAAUAUGCAACAUCUAGAGCACCAUCUCUUGCCAAAGAAAGAGGUGAACAGCCAGCACAGAAAAAGCAGCUCAGGCACUGAUGAUUCCUCCCCCCCCACCCCCAGCAACUUUUCCCAGGUGUGGAGUUUAUCAGACUGGGAGUUGCUGACGGAUAUGCUGGAUGGCAUGGGAGCACCAGUAACACUCUUAGACCUGUGUGACUGCACUUUGGUUUCUGCCUCCCACCAUGCACCAUAUGUAGGAGUGUGGAACCUCACAAUCAUCAGCAGAAAACCUUGGUGCCUGUCCUAAAUACCAGCGCACUGGGGUAACUAUGUCUAUUUUACCCAGCCUGAAGACACACAUAAAGUCAUCAUCUGGAACACCACAGAAGGUCAAGUGUGUGACACACUGGACAGCUCUGCCCAAGUGAGAUGCCUGGAAAUAGCUGAGCAAAACCAGCUCUUUUUCACAGGACUUGUGUCUGGAACAGUCCUUAUCUUUCCACUGAACUCCAGGCAGGAUGUAGCAUGCAUCCCACCUCCAGAGUCACAGAAACCAGUCAACAGCAUGGCUAUCAACAAGCAGGAAAUGCAGCUUGCCAUAGCAUAUGAUAAUGAUAAUUUAGUCCUCCUGCUGGAUAUUAGCCCUGCAGAUCCAUGCCCAGUGAUUGACAGGCCCACCUACACCUUUAAAACUCAUAUCCCUGCCACUCUGAUUUCCAUAGUGGCUGUCCUUGCAGAUUACAGCGUCCUCUAUGGCAUGACUAGCAGGGACGUAUUCCUUUAUGACUGCCCUUGGGCCCAAGUGUUUCCUUUGGAAGGUCACAGAAGCCAGAUCUCCUGUUUGGAAAGCAGCCACGGAGAGCAGCAGGCACUCAGUGGCUCUGAAGAUUCCCUGCGGUGUCUCUGGGACUUGGAGUUCUGUCAGCGGGAACACAAGAUGUGCUAUCAUAAGCCCACAUCUCUUCUGAAAGGCAUUUGCUGUGCAUGCUUCUCAAAAGACGGCAAGUACUUGGACACUGGAUUGCUGGAUCAGUCCAUUACACGCUGGGAUGUUCCAAUGUUUCGCUGUCCCAAGACCACCCUUCCUCGGCAUAACCCACUCCAGAACACCAUGGCAACGUGUACAGUAAAAUCCAGAAAGAAUGAGAGGGAAAACUCAAGCAACAAUACAGCCGAGAAAAUUCUUCUGGGAGCCUGCUUCCCACCAGCAAGCCCUCUCAGAGCUGUUCAGUGGUGUAAAAAGCAAAGAUUAAUAGGAUAAACCAGCCUAAACACGCAGGAUUGAGCCUAUGGGUUUCUCUUUCUAGUCUUUUGCAUCAGUGUCUUAGAAUUACAAUAUUAAACAUCGUUGAAACUCCCUUGUUGUGGUUAUUGAGCCUAUUGACACCUCGGUGCAGUACUGCUGCUGUGGCAAACCGAACGAUCACCUCCUGAGGUAAUUAAGAAAAAAAACCCCGCAAACAAACAAAGAAACCAACGGCAGCCCUGGAGCCCCGCGUUACACCCGGCCGGCACUAGAGCUCUGCGGGCCGUCGGUCGCAACCCAGCCGGGGGUUCGGCCUUCCCGCCAGACCCACCGGGGCCCAGCCCGCCGCUGCCUCCUUCGGGGCUCAGCUCCAGCCCCGGCGCCACGCCCCCGGACCCCCACCCCCCCAGCCUCCGGUGCUGCCCUCCCUCCCUCAGGCCGCUCACAGGGGCCGCCCCAUCUCCCGCGGCCGCCUCAGCGCGGUUCCCGCCGCGGCGGGUACACGGACCGGAAGCAGCGCGCGCUACCGGCGCGCUGCCGGGUGGCAUCGACGGCG